AUGGCCCAAAUCAUUGACUGUCGCUAUUCUGUCCCUCCAGUGACUAUCCCGCAGACUGGAAACCGCCGUCAAGUUCAGACGAUGGCCGGUGAAAUUGCUUAUUUCUUGCGUCACAUCUUGAAGUUGAAUGCAGGAGACUGUGUUGGUAUCAUUUCGCCCAACUCGACGCUUUACUCUACCUUGGUCCUUGGCAUUGUUCGCGCUGGAUGUGUUUGCGCGACGUUGAACCCGAUCUACUCGCCUGAAGAGCUAGAGCACCCUAUUGUCGAUUCAGAUCUAAAGGUCAUUUUCACACAUCCUUCCAUUUUAGGAAAUGUCCGCAAGGCCUGGUCCAUGUCGAAACGCUCUUUCAAGCUUCCCAACGGCGAGAAUCCCAUUUGGCUGGUGGAUGAUGCUGAUUGGGUUCUUACUCAGAGCACAGGUGAACGGGACUUCCGCUCUGUACUCACAUCCAACGAACUGCCUGUUGUUUCCGUGAAUUCGGAAGAAGACUUGGCCUUUAUUGUCUAUUCCAGUGGUACUAGCGGUAAACCGAAGGGUGUCAUGCUGACGCACAAGAACAUGAUUUUUGGUACCGACACUUUUGCUAGGGUAAGGUUUGGCGAGUUUGGUCCUGGCCACACUGCCCUGGCUGUCCUGCCGUUCUUUCACAUCUUCGGCUUGAACUUUUUCAACCUGGCUGCCUUUAUGACGGGAACUCGUAUCGUCGUCUUACCUCGCUUUGACAUUGACAUUUUUUGUGCGGCGGUACAGCACUUCCGUGCCUCUAUGGCUAUCGUUGUCCCACCAAUUUUGCUUGCAUUGGCCCGUCACCCUGCUGUCAGCAAGUACGACCUUUCUACUCUCAAGGUGGGCCUCUGCGGUGCGGCGCCUCUUGGUCCUGAACUUUGUGAAGAGGUUCAGAAGCGCCUUCCUGGCUUCGUGAUCUCUCAGGGAUAUGGUCUUAGCGAGACAGCCCCCGUUGCGCUGCGUGCGACGACGGACCAACACCGAAAAAAUCUGGGCACUGCGGGCGAGGUUGUGCCCCACAUCCAAAUUCGUUUGGUGAACCACGACGGUGUCGAUGUGGCCCACAAACAAGGGUCGGAGGGAACUCCCGGUGAGAUUUGGAUUCGUGGUCCUGCCGUAAUGAAGGGCUACUUGAACAACGAAUUGGCCACCAAGGAGUGCAUUACUGAGGAUGGAUGGUUCAAGAGUGGUGAUAUUGCUAUCAUAAAAAAUGGUCUCUUUUUUAUCGUGGACCGCAUGAAGGAGCUUAUAAAGUAUAAGGGCUUUCAGGUCUCUCCAGCUGAACUCGAAGACUUGCUCCUCUCUCAUCCUAAGAUUCAGGACUGUGCCGUGGUUGGCGUUUACGUGAAAGAGGAGGCCACUGAGCUCCCUCGUGCGUAUGUGACACCCAAGCCGAGUGCACUCGACCUGAAGUCGAGCUCGCAGACUGACCAGGAUCGUCUUUGCCAAGAAAUUCUCGACUGGUUCAAUCCUAAAGUUGCAAAUCACAAAAAACUUCGUGGUGGGGUUGUUUUUGUUGCCGAAGUGCCCAAGAGUGCUUCCGGCAAGAUCCUUCGCCGUGUUCUGCGUGACAUUGCCAAUAAAAAUGAGUGA